GUGCUCUCCGCGUGGCCCGGAAGGACUUCCAGCGAAGGCGGGCGAAGGAAGCGGCGAAGAGGCAGAGGCAGCUCGAGGGGGCGGUUGCGUGCAGACCAGACACCCGCGGCCUGGUGAGCUUCCAGACGCUGGCUCUCCCGGAUCCGAACCCGCUGAGCCCACCCGGCCCGCCUCUCUCCCUAGCGCUUCCGGGAGCCGUCGCGAGCGAGUGCGCCUGCGCGCCGGCCGCUCCGCGCGCCUCGCGGCUUUCCUCGCGCCGGCCGGCGGACCGACGGUUCCUGCUCUGCUUCCCGCCCGGCGUCUCUGCUCGGCGGCGCGCCGGCGUGCGGCAUGUCACGGCGGCGGCACAGCGACGAGAACGAUGGGGGACAGCCUCACAAAAGGAGAAAGACAUCUGAUGCAAAUGAAACCGAAGAUCAUUUGGAAUCUUUAAUAUGCAAAGUAGGAGAAAAGAGUGCCUGCUCUUUGGAGAGCAACCUAGAAGGCUUGGCUGGUGUUUUAGAAGCUGAUCUUCCUAACUACAAGAGCAAGAUCUUAAGGCUUCUUUGUACAGUUGCACGUCUGUUACCUGAGAAGCUGACAAUUUAUACAACUUUAGUUGGACUGCUGAAUGCCAGAAAUUACAACUUUGGUGGAGAAUUUGUAGAAGCUAUGAUUCGUCAGCUUAAAGAAUCAUUGAAAGCAAACAAUUAUAGUGAAGCUGUGUAUUUGGUCCGUUUUUUAUCUGAUCUUGUAAACUGUCAUGUCAUUGCUGCCCCAUCAAUGGUUGCUAUGUUUGAAAAUUUUGUAAGUGUAACUCAGGAAGAAGAUGUGCCUCAGGUGCGGAGGGAUUGGUAUGUGUAUACAUUUCUGUCGUCUUUGCCCUGGGUUGGAAAGGAGUUGUAUGAAAAGAAAGAUGCUGAGAUGGACCGCAUCUUUGCCAACACUGAAAGCUAUCUUAAAAGACGCCAAAAGACUCAUGUGCCCAUGCUACAAGUAUGGACUGCUGAGAAACCGCAUCCACAGGAAGAGUAUUUAGAUUGCCUGUGGGCCCAGAUUCAGAAAUUGAAAAAGGAUCGCUGGCAGGAGCGGCACAUCCUAAGACCUUAUCUUGCCUUUGACAGUAUCCUGUGUGAAGCACUGCAGCACAAUCUGCCUCCUUUCACACCACCUCCUCACACUGAAGAUUCCAUGUACCCGAUGCCAAGGGUCAUCUUCAGAAUGUUUGAUUACACGGAUGAUCCCGAGGGACCUGUAAUGCCAGGGAGUCAUUCAGUGGAAAGAUUUGUAAUAGAAGAGAAUCUUCACUGCAUCAUUAAGUCCCACUGGAAGGAAAGGAAGACUUGUGCUGCACAGCUAGUGAGCUAUCCUGGGAAGAACAAGAUCCCCUUGAACUACCACAUAGUUGAGGUGAUCUUUGCAGAACUCUUUCAACUUCCAGCACCCCCUCACAUUGAUGUGAUGUACACAACACUUCUCAUUGAACUGUGCAAACUUCAGCCUGGCUCUCUACCCCAAGUUCUUGCACAGGCAACUGAAAUGUUAUAUAUGCGUUUGGACACAAUGAAUACUACAUGCGUAGACAGGUUUAUUAAUUGGUUUUCCCAUCAUCUAAGUAACUUCCAGUUCCGUUGGAGCUGGGAAGAUUGGUCAGAUUGUCUUACUCAAGAUCCUGAAAGUCCCAAACCAAAGUUUGUAAGAGAAGUUCUAGAAAAAUGUAUGAGGUUGUCUUACCAUCAGCGGAUAUUAGAUAUUGUCCCUCCUACCUUCUCAGCUCUAUGUCCUGCAAAUCCAACCUGCAUUUACAAGUAUGGAGAUGAAAGUAGCAACUCUCUUCCUGGACAUUCAGUUGCCCUCUGUUUAGCUGUUGCCUUUAAAAGUAAAGCAACGAAUGAUGAAAUCUUCAGCAUUCUGAAAGAUGUACCAAAUCCUAACCAGGAUGAUGAUGAUGAUGAAGGGUUCAGUUUUAACCCACUGAAAAUAGAGGUGUUUGUACAGACUCUGCUACACUUAGCAGCCAAGUCGUUCAGCCACUCCUUCAGUGCUCUUGCAAAGUUUCAUGAAGUCUUCAAAACCCUAGCUGAAAGUGAUGAAGGAAAAUUACAUGUUCUAAGAGUCAUGUUUGAGGUCUGGCGGAACCAUCCACAGAUGAUCGCUGUGCUAGUAGAUAAGAUGAUUCGUACACAGAUUGUUGACUGCGCUGCAGUAGCAAACUGGAUCUUCUCUUCAGAACUAUCUCGUGACUUUACUAGAUUGUUUGUUUGGGAAAUCUUGCACUCCACAAUUCGUAAGAUGAACAAACAUGUUCUGAAGAUCCAGAAAGAGCUGGAAGAAGCUAAAGAAAAACUUGCAAGACAACACAAACGGCGAAGUGAUGAUGACGACAGAAGCAGUGACAGGAAAGAUGGGGCUCUUGAGGAACAAAUAGAAAGACUGCAGGAAAAAGUGGAAUCUGCUCAGAGUGAACAAAAGAAUCUCUUCCUUGUCAUAUUUCAGCGUUUUAUCAUGAUCUUGACCGAGCACUUAGUACGAUGUGAAACUGAUGGGACCAGUGUAUUAACGCCGUGGUAUAAGAACUGUAUAGAGAGGCUCCAGCAGAUCUUCUUACAGGAGAGACACGGCUGGACCUAGUCUGUAACAGUAGUAGCAGCACGUGCUGUUGACAUUACCUUGACGCAUGAAUUGCAUUACGCAGAAGCAGGCCAGGCUGGAUUUAAGUUAUUGAAUAUCCUUUUUUCUUAUUUCCCCCUACAUUUUAUUAAUGUUGGGGGUUUUUAGGGGCCGUAAUUCCAGUCGGCACACUCUUUUUUCCUGCUCGGUCCUGUCAUUCCACAGUGCGGGGAGCUGCUGAGGGGAAUGUUCUGCGAGAUGGCUUAGUGCUCUUUUUCUUGGCCUAAACAUUUACCCUUUUUCCUGUGUCCACAGCAUCACCAAAUAAUCCAGCAAUACAUGGUCACCCUGGAGAACCUGCUCUUCACUGCUGAAUUAGACCCACAUAUCCUGGCUGUGUUCCAGCAGUUCUGUGCCCUGCAGGCCUAACAGUCAUUUUUCCCCCUUAAUGUCAAGAUUUUUUUUUUAAAUCUCAAAAUAACUUGUCUUAGUUCUGAUGGUUUGAAUGCUUGCUUUCUUGUAGCAUCCUUUCACUUACUAAAGGAAACAGGAGUUGAAGGACAGUGAAAAUGGUAUUACCUUACCUUUAACUGCCCCUAAAAUAACAGUAAUGUGAUGAUGACCAUAGGUGUAUUAUAUAUGUGACAGAUACAGCUUUUCUCUGAUAUAUUUUUUCCUUAAGGCACAAAAGAUAACUGAUUUGAGGUAUGUGGAACACCAGGUGUCAAGCUUACAAAGUAGUACAUAGAACUGAUGGGUUUAUUAUCAAGUAGCAUAGCUUCUCACAGCUCAUGGAUAACCUAACAUGGCUGAAAUAAAACUAAAAAUAUGUUUUUUAAA